AUGUGCUAUAAUUGUGUGCGCAGUUUUGGUGGGGUGACUCUGAUACACAGAAAAAGAUACAUUGGUAGUCUCGGGAGAGAUUGUACCCCAAAGAAUGAAGGUGGUAUGGGAUUUAAAGAUUUACACCUUUUCAAUUUGGCUAUGCUUGCCAAACAGGGGUGGAUGAUACUUAAAAAUCCAACAUCACUUAUUGCUCAAAUUUAUAAGGCUUUGUACUUUCCAGAAGGCUCGUUUUGGGAUGCAGAGCUACGUCAGCAGCCGUCCUUUCCAUGGCGCAGUAUUGUUGAAGCGCAUUCAGUUUUACAGGUUGGUACAAGAUGGAUGGUUGAGCUUAUUGACCACGAGACAACUGCAUGGAAUGAUAGAUUAAUUGAUGAGCUCUUCUCUCCUUCAGAAGCUCUCCUUAUUAAAUCUAUUCCUAUAAGUAGUCAUCUUCCGAGAGAUAAAGUGGCCUGGCAUCCACAUAAGAGAGGAAUUUUCACCACAAAUUCAGCAUAUUAUGUAGCUCGAGACAUUGCCUAUAAUAGAGUUAAUUAUCCCCCUCCGGUGGAUGAGUUCCAAACUUUAUGGAAAACAAUCUGGAAGGCUGAAGUUCCCAAGAAAGUUGCGGUUGGAGUUUGGAGAGCUUGCCAGAACAUUCUUCCGACUCGAGAAACAUUAUUAACAAAGGGAUAUGAGGGUGAAACUGGGUGUUUGUUGUGUGAUUGUCCUUUGGAAUCAGUAGGGCAUGUCCUAGUAGAUUGUCAGAUAGCUCGGGCAUUGUUGGGUGAGGUUUCUCUCCAAAUCACUUGUCCUGUGACACCAGUAUUCAUCUUCAAGGAGUGGAUGUUGGAAUGUGUUAACCGAGUAUCAUUGGAGCAAUUUGAGAAGUUCAUGAUGUUCUUAUGGGCCUUGUGGACUAAUAGAAAUGCGGCUUUGUGGGAGGAGAAACCACGAUUGCCAGCAGAUAUAGCGAUUGCCACGGUGGGAUGGUUCAAUCAAUACAAACUUGUACACGCUUCGUCUAUUCCAGGAGUGAAGGUGAUUCAAAGGUGGACUAGUCCGGCUAAGCGUGUUUUGAAAUGCAAUAUUGAUGGGAGCUAUAGUUAUCAUCAAAGGAAAGGUGGAGUAGGAUGUGUCCUUCGUGAUCAUAAGGGAGACUUUCGGGCUGCUUUGAUGAAGAUGGUACAUAAUGCCAAUUCCGCGUUCCAGGUUGAGCUUUUGGCCUUAAAAACUGCAGUCCAAUUCGCUAUAUCACUGCACCAUGAACAGGUACAGUUUGAAUCUGAUUGUUUACAACUGGUCCAAACUAUCAAUGCGGAAGAUGAAGAUGCUUCGAUAUGUGGUCAUGUUGUAGAUGAAGUCAGAGCAAUGUUUAGCAAUUAUCCUAUGUUUUCUCUAACUCAUGUUAAGUGUCAAGCAAACAAUGUGUCUCAUAAUCUUGCUUGUGCGGCUCUUCAUUCAGAGCUCUCUCAUUCUUGGUUCUUGUAUGCUCCCUGUUAA